AUGCUGUAUUCAGAAAACCUAUCCAGGCACAUCAGCUACAUAGAGCCAGAGAAUAAUACACAAAUUUCACGAUUUCUACUUCAGGGCUUUUCCAAAGACCCCAGAUUCCAACCUAUCCUCUUUGGACUGUUCCUGUUCAUGUAUCUAGACACUGUACUUGGGAACCUGCUCAUCAUCCUGGCCACGAUUUCAGACUCCCAUCUACACACUCCCAUGUACUUCUUUCUCUCCAACCUGUCCUUUGUAGACAUCUGUUUAUCCUCUACCACUGUUCCAAAGAUGCUCCUGAAUAUCCAGACGCAAAACAAGGCCAUCACCUACGCAGGCUGCAUCACCCAAAUGCAUUUUUUCCUGCUAUUUAUAGUGUCGGAUAUCUUUCUGCUGACAGUGAUGUCCUAUGACCGCUUUGUGGCCAUCUGUCACCCCCUGCAUUACACAGUCAUCAUGAACACCUGGCUCUGUGUGUUGCUAGUCCUGGUGUCCUGGUUGGUAAGUGUCCUAUAUUCUAUGACGCGAAGCUUGAUAGUGUUGCAUAUGUCUUUCUGUGCCCACUCAGAAAUACCACACUUUUUCUGUGAACUUAAUGAAGUGGUCCACCACGCCUGCUCUGACACCUAUGUUAAUGACGUGGUGACAUAUAUUGCAGCUGUGCUACUCGCCUGCUGCCCCCUUGGUGGCAUACUUUACUCAUAUUGCAAGAUAGUUUCCUCCAUCUGUGCAAUUUCUUCUACCCAUGGCAAGUACAAAGCAUUUUCCACCUGUGCAUCCCACCUCUCAGUUGUGUCGUUAUUUUAUUGUACAGGCCUAGGGGUUUACCUUAGCUCUGCUGUGGCACAAAACUCACACUCAACUCCAAUAGCUUCAGUGAUGUACAGUGUAGUAACUCCCAUGCUAAACCCCUUCAUCUACAGUCUAAGAAACAAAGACAUCAAGAGGGCUCUGAAAAAACUCUUUGAUAAGGAAUCUAAGAAAGUGCCCAUUGUGUUGACACUGAGCAAGUGUCCAUGA